UUCAUCUUCUUCUCAGCUUCCUCCUUCCCACAAUUUCCAGUAGUCAUCGCUGUCCUGUUUUCUCCAAUCGUAUCAGAGCUCCGAGCCUCUGAUUCUCUGCUCGAUUUUCGUAUCAUUUCGUAGCAUCUGAAUCCGAUUGAGAAGAAAUCCACUCCCAGUGGAAUUUUGAUCCGGAUUUCAAAUGUCUCCUGCAAGAAAAUCUAGGAGUGUAAACAAACGAUAUUCUUAUGUAAAUGAAGCGUCCCCUAACAAAGAUGGAGGUGGCUCUAAAAGAAGCAGUCAACGGAAAAGGAAGAUGUCUAUGCUAGGCCCUCAGUGGAGUAAAGAGGAGCUUAAUCGUUUCUAUGAUGCAUACCGGAAACACGGUAAAGAUUGGAAAAAGGUGGCUGCUGCUGUGAGAAAUCGAUCAGUUGAUAUGGUGGAGGCCCUUUACUCUAUGAAUAUGGCUUACUUAUCUCUUCCAGAGGGGACUGCUUCUGUUGUUGGGUUGAUUGCAAUGAUGACCGAUCACUACUGCAACAUGGCUGCAAGUGAUAGUGAACAAGAAAGCAAUGAUGGUGCAGGAACAUCUCAAAAGCCUCAAAAGCGUGCCCGAGGUAAAGUUCAUGCGGGCACAUCCAAAGGGUCCGAUUUUCAGUCCCCUACUCCAGCAUCAAAUUAUGGUUGUUUGUCUUUAUUGAAGAAGAAACGCUCAGGAGGGACACGUCCUCGUGCUGUUGGAAAAAGGACACCACGGUUUCCUGUACCAUAUUCUUAUGAAAAUGGCCCCAAAAGGACAAUAGAUGCAAAUGACGAUGAAGUUGCUCAUGAGAUAGCUAUAGCUUUAGCCGAAGCUUCAAGAAGAGGCAGUUCUCCCCAGAUUUCUCGGACACCUACCCGUCAAUCUGAUAGUGCGUUAUCCACUCCAACUCAAAAAGCGGAAAGGAAGCAUAGCAAUCUGGAAAUGGUCAUUUCUACUCUUCCUACAUGUGAAAUGGAUGAUGAUGAAGGAAGCAUGGAAGCCGACACAGGAGAACUACACAGGCACGUGACUUCUUUGAGGGAAACUAGCAGAACAAUUCCAAAGGGGAGAAAGCUCUCUGGGAAAAAGUUAGAAAAUGAUGUCAAUGCUGACAGUAACUUUGAUGACAUCAAGGAAGCAUGCAGUGGUACAGAAGAAGGUUAUAGAUUAGGUGCAGUAAAAGCAGAACAUGACAUAGAGUUUACUGAUGAAAGAGUGUCAAGGGCUUCAUCUCUUGGUCUCCGAAAGAGGAGCAAAAAGGUUCCUUUUCAGAGAGAUGAAAGCUCUGCCUUCGAUGCUCUACAAACUUUGGCUGAUCUAUCACUGAUGAUGCCAGCAACAGAAAAUGAGAAUGAGUUAAUUAUGCAAACCAAAGAUGAAAAUUCUUACAUUGAGGAAUCUGGGACUGUGGAAGUUCUGCCUACAAACCACCAAAAGAAGAAGCGCAGAACGCCUGGAGUUAAAGCUAAAUGGAAGCGGCCCAUUUCAGGACUUGAGGUUGCAUCUAGUACAAUGUCAAAGCGUGUUAAAGCUUCAGCUGAUGCUAGUGUUGUUCCUGAAACAAAGCAGACGAGAAAAACAGAAAGCAUAUCAACAUCUAAGGGACGGAAAGAUGAUGUCCAUCUCAGUAAUGAUCUCUCUGAACCUCAAGAGCUUGACACAAACGAUUCACCGAAGGAGCCAGUCAGAAAGGGUAAAAGAUCUUUGCAGAGUUUAUCACCUAAAUUGAUUAUGAACCAAGAUCAUUCCUCAAGUCCAGAUAUAAGAAUAGAGGGAAGUGAUCCAGCUCAAAUGACUGCAGAAGUUCCUUUAGCAAACCAGGUCACUUUGCCUGAUAAAAUUACUAGUAGGCAUAAGACAGGGAUCAAGAAAUCACUAAGAGAAAAAAAUCCAUCUUUUCCUGAUAGCAUGUUGGAUAACAACUGCAGCCAGCCCUCUGUUACAGUCAAUGACAAAGUGGUCAACAUUAAGAAAAAGCUUUCUAGUUGCCUUUAUAACCAUCUUUUACGGCGAUGGUGUAUAAGUGAGUGGUUCUACAGCGCAAUUGAUUAUCCUUGGUUUGCUAAAAGGGAGUUUGUUGAGUACUUGGAUCAUGUUGGAUUGGGACAUGUUCCCAGGCUAACUCGUGUUGAAUGGGAUGUGAUAAGAAGUUCUCUCGGUAAACCACGGCGAUUUUCUGAACAAUUUUUGAAGGAGGAAAAGGAGAAGCUUUACCAAUACCGUGAGUUUGUUAGAACACAUUACACUGAUCUACGUGAGGGUCUUAGGGAAGGAUUGCCGACUGAUCUUGCAAGGCCAUUGUCUGUUGGACAACGUGUCAUUGCCAUCCACCCUAAAACAAGAGAAAUAUAUGAUGGAAGUGUGCUCACAGUUGAUCAUUCUAGGUGCCGGGUUCAGUUUGACCGGCCUGAGCUUGGAGUUGAAAUUGUCAAGGAUAUUGAAUGCAUGCCUCUAAAUCCCUAUGAGAACAUGCCUACACAGCUCAGCAGGGACAGACAAGCUAUGGACAAGAUACGGGAUAACUUUUUAGAGCACAAGGUUAAUGACAUUUUGAAUAUGAAGAAUGACAAUGGUUUCCCUUGUUUGCCUUCAUCAACCUGUGCGAAAAAAGAUCUAUUGCUGGAAUUAGAGCAGGCAGCAAAUUCUCGAUGCAGUACAGUGGAGCAGAACCGAGCUAAGGAAGCUGAUGUUCAAGCUUUAGCUAAGCUGACUCGUGCUCUUGACAAAAAGGAUGCUGUGAUUUAUGAGCUGAGGCAGAUGAAUGACGAUGUUUUGGAAAAUCAAAGGAGUGGUGACUGCACCCUCAAUGAUUCAGACCCAUUCAGAAAGCAAUAUGCUUCCAUAAUCAUUCAGUUAAAUGAAGUAAAUGAGCAGGUUUCUUCUAGUUUGUGUUGCUUGAGACAGAGGAACACGCACCAGGGGAAUGUGUCUCUUAGUUUGCAGUCAAGACCAGUUGCUAAUUUUGGUGAUGCUGGGGGUGAUUUAUUGAGCACAUUUGGCUACUGUACAUCUCAAAUCCAGGAACCUCAGUUUCACAUCAAUGAGAUCAUUGAGAGUUCAAAAAUAAAAGCCAGAACUAUGGUAGAUGCUGCUGUGCAGGCCCUGUCAUUACUUAACGGAAUGGAGAACGGAACAGGGGAUGUUGAAGCUGCUAUAGAUUAUCUCAACGACCGGAUACCGACAGAUGAAUCAUGCUUGCUUACCGUAAGAUACAUCACUCUUUUGGUUUACGUAAGAUACAAGAUUCUAAAUUACUGAAUAAUGGGAAUGAGGCAGACAUUCCUUCAGAACUUAUCACCCAAUGUGUUGCUACUCUCCUUAUGAUUCAGAAGUGCACGGAACGACAAUUUCCUCCAGCAGACGUGGCAAAAAUACUGGAUUCUGCUGUUGUUAGCUUGCAACCCACCUCUUCUCACAACCUUCCACUCUAUGCUGAAAUAGAAAAGUGCAUGGGAAUAGUAAGAACCCAAAUACUGGCUCUAAUACCAACCUAGGUCCAUCUCCUUUUAGUGUGAAGUUGAAGUUGACUCAAUUAGUUGAUUGUGUUGAAAGUUUAAAUGAUAUAGGUGCCUAUACAAAGUGUCAUUCAUAUGUGUUGCAUAUAUAUUUUACUUAGUUUAAAAGUAGUUUUUGUUCUAUGUGCUUAUUAGGAGGUUCACCCAGUGCAGUCAAAAUCCAGGGUUACCAAACUAAGUUCUUUUCUUCUAAUUGUUUAGUUCCCAUUUUUUAUACAUAUAUACAUAGUGAUAAUCCUGUAAAUUUGCAUUCGGUAGAUAUUAAAUACACUGCUGCUUC